AUGUCUGCCCCAGCCGAUGCCGGAGCCGCUGUUCCACAAGCCCAGAAGGGAACUUGGACGUCCUUCGUCAAAUCUCUUGCUUCGUUCACAGGCGACCUGUCGUCGCUGACGGCUCCCCCCUUUAUCCUUUCCCCUGUAUCACUCACCGAAUUUCCUGCUUACUGGAGUGAGCGACCAGAGCUUUUCUCUGCUAUUGCAGAUGGCAAAACGGAACUCGAUAGGGCUAAGGCCGUCCUGAAAUGGUUCAUCUCAACCCUGAAAAGCCAAUACACGUCGCGAAAUGAGACAAUGGGUUCAGAGAAAAAGCCACUGAAUCCCGUUCUCGGCGAGUUGUUCUACGGCCAUUGGCCCGAUAAAAAUGGUCGCGGAAAGCAAACUAUUGUCGUAGAACAGGUUUCUCACCACCCUCCCAUCACCGCAUACUACCUUGCGAAUGAGGCAAAGGGCCUCGCAUUGCAAGGUCAUAAUGCCCAGAAGACUACGUUUAGUUCCGGAGCCAUCAUCGUGCGGCAAGUUGGCCACGCGGUUCUUACACUCAAACUGCCCUCUGGAUCCAUUGAGAAAUAUCUCAUUACCCUACCCAAGCUUCGGAUCGACGGAAUUUGGUACGGUAGCCCGUAUAUUGAGUUGACCGAUACGUCCUACAUCGCGUCCAGCACCGGCUAUGUCUCUACCAUCAAGUAUGAAGGAAAAGGCUACUUCUCCGGGAAGGCACAUAGCUUCAAGGCAACCUUGGCAGCACCCGAUAGCAGUACUAUUGAAACAUACGAAGGACAAUGGGAUUCCCAGUCGCACGCCAAAUCGAACAAGAAUAUCGCAUUCACUGACGUCUCUGGACCUAAAGAAGAAGUUAGCGUCGGGCCUCUCGAGGAGAUGAACGAGUGGGAAACACGAAAGCUAUGGAAAGCUGUUGCUAAAGGUAUUCGGGAAGGAGAUUUUGCAGCUGCGAGCGAGGAUAAGUCUCGCAUCGAAAAUGAGCAACGUCAGAGGCGAAAAGAUGAAGCUGCAGCUGGUACACCGUGGCAACUCAAGCAUUUUGUACAUGUCGAGAAUGAUGAAGAUUACGAGAAGCUCGGUAAAGCGUUUAAUGCCAACCCACCAACAGAAGAUAAAGUCGAUAAUAAUGAGCCUCAACAGAUAGGCGUUCCCGAGGACUGGGAAAGCGACACCAGUUCCCGAAAACAAGAUCCAUCUUCAGAAAGCGGUAACUUACUUCCGCCUUCCAAACGAGCUAGGAAAGAAAAAUAUGCCAACUAUGUGCCCGAGGAGGAGACCAUCCGGAACGAUUAUUCACAACGCUACGUAGACGGUGGUGAGUGGCCACAAAAUUGGGUGUUGGGUGCCAAGCUGGAACAGAGAUUCGAAGAGUACCCAAAGCAAAGACGUUUACUCGAGCUCAAACGUGCCGCUGUGGCAAAUGCUGCCCACUCUCCCAUGCAUCUAUCAUCUUCAGACUUGACCACGCUUGUCGAAUCGCAAUGCAAAUUUGACGUGAUUUUACUCGACCCACCAGUAAGCGAAACGACCGACUCUAGCAAGGAUUUUACGUGGAAUGACGUGCAAGCCAUGCCUAUCCCUGCGCUAGCCGCCGAACCUAGUUUUGUUUUCAUGUGGGUUGGAAGUGGGGCCGGGGACGGGCUCGAACGCGGCCGCGAGGUCUUGGCGCGCUGGGGAUUUAGAAGAUGCGAGGACGUUGUAUGGGUCAAGACGAACAAGAGCGAUGUUCGCGGGCCUGGUGGCACGGUCCGCAGGUCGACGGACAGCUGGUUUGUGCACUGCAAUAUUGACACCGAUGUGAUUGUAUGGGACGGUGAUCCAACGGACCCGACCCGAAAGCCCCCAGAAAUGUACUCGCUGAUCGAGAACUUUUGUUUGGGCACUCGUCGGCUCGAGAUCUUUGGAAAGCUGACCUCACUUCGGCGCGGCUGGGUAACAGUUCUAGCCGCGAACGCAGGCACACCGCCAAAGGAACAAGAAGGCACCGAUGACAACAACGAGCCUGCGCCUGUUCAGUGGGACAAAGCUACAUGGGAGACAUCUGUCCAUCGCGAAAAUGGGAAAUAUAUUGUGCCAAACUCACAAGAAAUCGAAAUUCUGAGACCCAAGUCACCCCAACGAGGCCCUCCAAAUAACAUGAAUAACAUGCCCAUGUCAAACGCAAAGCCACCAUUUUCCGCCGGCCCGUCACCACACCCUCAAACGCCUAUGCCAAAUAUGCUCGGAAAACCGUUGCAUAUUGGAUUUCAGAGGCCUCCCUCAAUGCCCGGUCGGCCGGAUGGAGGAAUGGGUCAGAUGGGCCCCGGACCGAUGGGGAUGGGGAUGCCGGUGAACAUGAAUAUGAAUAUGAACAUGGGAAUGGGGAUGGGAAUGGGGAUGGGGAUGGGCGGAGGUCCGGGUAUGAACAUGUUUGGAGGUAUGCCGAACAUGAUGGGCGUCGGCCCUCAAAACGGGAUGAUUCCAAACCCAGGGAUGAUGGGCAAUAAUAUGUUCGGAAUGGGUGGGGGCAUGCCGGUCGGAAUGCCUGGACAUGGGAUGAUGUUCAACCAGAAUUUUACGCCCGGUGGAUUUGAUGGUGGCAUGGGCGGAAACAUGCCAUUUGAUCAAAUGGGUGGAGGACCUGGGUGGGAUGGCAGUCAGCGCGGGCCAUUCCAGGGCGGGAAUUCCGACGGUAUGAUGCAGCAGCAAAUGUUUAUGAACAAUAUGAUGGGCAACCCCCAGCUCCCGCCCAGGUUCAACGGAAAUAUGGGCAACAUGGGCAACAUGAACGGAGGAUUCUGA